CACCAACUGCGACGAAGGCCGUAACGCCGCACUGCCGCAACGCUGUCCCACGCACCCACGCACUUCCCUCUCCCACUUCCAGUCGAAUCUCCCACUUCAUUCCCUCCCCCCCGGCCUUUGCGCUUGUUCAGAACGAAAAGGAGAUAUUUUACCCCCCCAGAGGAAGGACAGUCUCAGUGUCAUUCUUAACCUUAGUCACGCAAUCCCCGUCCGGAACACAGAAACUCCAAAACACACCCCUCAGCAACCAGAAACGUCCUUUUUACCGUCAUCCCAAGAAAAACUUCCAAGAUCACUGUUCAAUUACUCUGACCAACGUCAACAAUUCAACAAAAGGAAACAAAGGUACGUUUUUUAUCGCAUCCCCUAUUUUGUCUACCAUCGCUGCAUGACGUACUUGGCGCAAGGCUGAUCAAUUCCACCUCUUCUUUUUCUUCACAGGCAGAUCCCGUCAUUCUCCGUCCCCCGUCCCCUUCCGCCCGCUGCUGCCUUUGGCCCAGGCACCGACCGAACCGAUAGCCGCAUUCCGAGACACCGAACCCCUCAAGGAACAUCACGGAGCCCUCGCCGACCUUCCCUUAGCUCUCCCCGCCCUAUCCAUAGUCGAUACCCAUUCUCUCCUCUCACAGGACCUCCUACCGUGCAACCUCGUCAUCCGACCGACGACCGACGACAGAGACCCAGCAACCCAAGGGAACAGAACGAAAAGUUGAUGAGAGCUGGUUUUCGGCUUUUCUCACCCCCAGCCUACUACCACCGUCCGCCGACCCCUCCUCUCCGGCGUCUCAGCACGCCGCGCAGCAACAACCCCUUCGCCGCGUCCAUCACCGCCGCCGCCCGCCCGCGAACCCUCACAAUGGUCGCCACUCCGGAGGAAAUCGAGGCCAUGGCACCCCCCGGCUACUCCUUCCCGGAGCACCGCCUCCGCCUCCAGCAAUCCGAACCCGACCGCGAGCCCCUCGUCCUCGUCGCUCCCGGCUCCUACAGCCCCAUCACCUUCCUCCACCUGCGCAUGGCCGUCAUGGCCGCAGACUACGUCCGCUACAACACAAACUUUGAGCUCAUCGGCUCCUACCUCUCCCCCGUCUCCGACGCCUACAAGAAGCGCGGCCUCGCACCCGCCUGCCACCGCCGCCGCAUGUGCGAGAUCGCCGCUGAGCAGACCUCGCGCUUCCUCAUGGUCGACCCCUGGGAGGCCGAGCAGACGGCCUACGUGCCCACCGCCCUCGUCCUCGACCACUUCGAGCACGAGAUCAACGUCAAGCGCGGCGGCUGCAACGGUAAGCGCGUGCGUAUUGCCGUGCUUGCUGGCGCCGACCUGAUUAACACGAUGAGUCAGCCCGGCGUCUGGUCGCCUUCUGAUUUGAGACAUAUCCUGGGCGACUUUGGUGCUUUCGUGCUCGAGAGGGCUGGUGUGAACAUUGACGAGGCACUCGGUAAUCUUAAGGAGUACGAGGACCAGAUCUACUACAUUCCACAAGUCGUUCCCAACGAUGUUUCCAGUACCAAAAUUCGAUUGUUGCUGAGGAGGAAUAUGAGCAUUGACUACCUCAUUCCUGCUGAAGUCAUCAAGUACAUCGACGAGCACGGCCUCUACAACGAAGAUGACACAGCAACGAACGAGAAGGGAAAGGAGAAGGAAGUGCAAUGAGAAUGAUUUUCGAUUUCUUCUAAAACGCUGAACGAAACGUAUUUCGGACAAACGCCCCAUGGGAGUUUGUAGAAGAAGAAAAAGGGGAGAGAGCGAGACAGACAGCUGCGAGAAGCGAGGGACAUGAUCCCAGAUCCAGACGAGACAGAAAGAUUAAAGAGCAAAGAGGAGGAGAAGCAGGGGCCAACUGGCGUGGUUAUCAGCGUUUGGGUUUUAUGAGACGACGGCACAAAGUCUAUCCAUUUCAUUAACUGUUAUUUUUUUUUCAUGGGUUUAAUUAGGUGCAUAGGGCGGGCUUUGUUAAGAAGAGCGAGAUAUCUAUAUCUUGAACUACAGGGACUUCUCCCAAUGAACAAUCAAAGAG